UUAUUUUAUGGUGGAAGAAGACAAUUGGCUUCGGAAUGACAUCUUACAUACAACGUGUACUUCUCAUGGCAAGGUAUGCAAUGUGAUAAUCGAUGGGGGUAGCUGCGAAAACGAGAUAGCUACUAUUAUGGUGGAGAAGUUGAAUUUGAAAACGAUGGAUCACCCACGAUCGUACAAGCUCUCUUGGCUGCACAAAGGGAAUGAGGUUCGGGAACGUAUCAUUAAGCAAAAUAAGAAGUAUCAAAGGCAAGCCAACAAGCACAGGAAGCCAGCUGCUUUCAAAGAAGGAAAUUUGGUGUGGGUUCAUCUUCACAAGGGAAGGUUCCCUCGAGGCAAGCAUAGGAAGCUGAAACCACGAGCUGAUGGUCCUUUCAAGGUACUCAAACGUGUAGGAGACAAUGCUUACAAGAUUGAACUUCCAAGAGACUAUGGAGUAUCAGCAACCUUCGAUGUUGCAAGCCUUUCUCCUUAUCAUGGUUGCAAAGAUGAAGAGAACUCGGGGACGGGUUAUUAUGCAGCGGAAGUAUAUGACACCGAAUCUGGACUUGUCUAAUUAUAAUAUGGUGCAUUUAUUAUAUUUAAUUCAAAGAUGGUUCAUGUUUCAUUUAAGUUUAUGAUUAGUAUUACAUUAAGUUUAUGCUUAGUAACUUAUUCACGGAAGGUUGAAGGCUGUAACCUCUUCAUGAAAGGUUGAAAGUUGUUCCAUGCCUAGACUAUUUAAAACCA